UGUCAUUGAUGUCAUCAAAAAAUUGUAAACACUGCUUGCACUCGAAACCGAAGUUAAAUUAAUAUAAUUCUGGAAUACAAUACAAAACAAUGGAUGCGAAAGAUGUGUGUGUUGAAAUAGAGAACGAUGAAUUUUACAGUAAGUUUCUUGAUGAGUCGGUGAAACCCGUACUCAAUGAACAUCAAUCGGUUACCGAACAAGUGAAUAGACUCACGCAGGGGAUUGAAAAACUAAGCAAAAGCUUGGAGAAACAAGUUCUAGCCAAACACAAUGAUCUCCUAACACAGGCCAGUCAUAUAUCCGACUUGGAAGUGACUUUAGAGUCUGUGCAAGCUCAAGUACAGAGUUUGUUACGCGGCGCUGAGAAUCUGAAAAAUCGAGUGCACACACCGUAUUACGCCCUCGAGAAUCAAACAAUGAUGCUUGAAAGGGUUCAAACUACAUGCAAUUUGCUGAGACAUUCCUCAAAAAUCUUGAAUCUAUGGCAUAAACUGCAGAGCAUCAAAGACAACCCAUCCAAAGAGGCCAUCAUACUCUUCGAACUGAAUGAGUUGAUCAGUGACUACGAUUUCGAAGGGAUAGAUCUCCUUGACGAGGUCCUUAAGUCUGUACAACUCAGGAGAACAGAGCUAUUGACGAAUGCCACUGAGCUCUUGCAGUCAAGUCUACUAAGUGGUGACAAAACUAAACUAUUACAAUGCUUCAAAGUAUUCCACAACCUACAAUGCACAGAGGAACAGAUAAAAAAAUCUGUUAGCAGCAUACUGAGUGAUUUGAAAAAGGAAAUAAUAACAGCUUUAAAUGUCCAAAUGGUUUCAAUUGAAGUGAAGAAAUCUAGCUCUGGGAGAAUCGCUCCAGGCAAGGCGAAUAUCAUGAGCGCUCAGGACUUCAAAAAAAAACUUUGGGACAACAUUGAACAACUCUUCAAAGUUGACAUUUAUAACAGCUGCACUAAAGUCAUAAUGCUUCAGAAUGUUGUAAAUGAGUUACAUGCAAUUGGGAAUUUCAGGAAUAUAGCUAAAAACUUCUGGGCUGAUUUGUCUUUAGUCUUCAGCAGUGAGCUUGAAAAGAGUCCACUAACUGUCAACCAAUCCAUAGAGAUUGAUUUUCCCCGGUUAUUAAAAAGCUUCAAUGAUUUGCUUUCAAGACUAAAAUGUAAGGAUCUAGAGAUGAACCGCUCCUGUCUCACAAAAUGGGAAAACUCAUUUUUAUCAAAAUCCUUGGGAAAAUUACUGGAGCCUGUAAGAAGCAUGUGGCAUUUGUCCCAAGUACCAAACAUGGAUCAGAUAGACAAUGCUAUAAGAGUUAUUGCUGAAGCACUCAGUAUUUCACUUGGUGACAAACAAUUGAGCAUCAGCCUGGCCAACAGUGUGGCCAAAUCUAUCAAACAGAUGACUGUGGAGGCAGAGCAGAGAUUGUCUAUGGACAGUGAUGUAGCACAGAUCAUAGAACCACCUACAAGCUCACAGCAAAAGAAUGCUGACCUCUGCAACUCCCUGUAUUACUUCUCAUCACAAAUAAAAAGAGUUCUUGUGAACAUGAACUCUAUGCUGCCCCAAGAAAGUAUACAAAUUGUUCAGAAUAGUUUGAAAGACAUUUCAAGUAUGCCUAUUCUCCAAUUAUUUGCUGAAUCAAUCAAGAAUUCCUUGUUCAUAAUUUUGAUGACGAUGCAUGAUGAGCCUGACUUGAUCAGGGCUGAUGACCCAGCUGGCAAGAAUUUAUCAUGUUCUCCAUACAUGAAAGAACUUCAACAAUUUGUUUCCCGAUGCAAGGACAUUUACUUAUCAAUGUUCAGUGAAAAAUCUGCCCUAAACGAGUGCUGUACAAACAUAGCUAGAGCUUGCAUUGAGAGAUUUACUCAGCAUAUUUGUAAUGUAAGACCACUGAGUAAGUUUGGUAGGGCUAAGUUGCAGAUAGAUUGCAAACAUUUGGAAAUUGCUUUGUCACCUUUGGUAAAUGAUAUGACAGAGUUAGGAGACCACUAUAGACAGUUGAAGGCCUUGCAUCUUUUGCUGGAGAAGACUCCUCAAGAGAUAGCCAAGAGUCAGAGUGAAGGUGCUUGCUUACCAUACUCAUUGGUGAUGAUGUUCUUAUUCUCCCACGGUGGGCAUCAGCUCUUAGCUCCACAUACCUGUGCUGGCUGGAAUGUCCAAAAGCUGAUGCAGUGGCUUGACUCUCAUAGAAAUGAGAGGGAUCGGCUGGAGUUUGUGGCUGGCGCUUUGCAAAGAUAUCAGAACCAUGUGAGACAGAACCAAAUCGCGACUUACGAUGAAGUGUACCCUGUGUUGAUACAAUUAUUGGAGGAUGGAAGAAAGUCCUUGAAGAAGUAGACUAGUAUUAUCAACAGAGAAAAGAAGAGACGAAGCUAACUUUGUAGUGUAUUAUAAUUUUAUGUGUAUUCAAUAAGUAAAUAAGCCUAUGUUAUCCUACAUUAUAUUUUAUGUUUAUCAGACCAUGCAAUUAUUUUAAUGUUGAAUUAAAACUAAUGUUCAAAUUGAGUUAUUUAUUGAAAAU